AUGGCCAGAACUGCAACGGUGACCAAAGUCUCUGCUCGGGCAAAGCGGAAGCCUGCUUCGUCGUCAAUACCAACAGCCGGCAAGAAACAAGCCACCCUCUCGUCGGCUGCAAAGAUAUCCAAGCAGCCGCCUGCGUCCUCACUCACCUCUGCCCUGACAUCCGAGGACCCCGAGUUUCUGCGUCAACAGCUGGACCGCAUCUCAUCCCACCCGUCACUCACCCCUUACAGGCGACGUGUAUACCGGACCCUGCUCUCCGUGCCCAAGGGCCAGUGGACGACCUACGCCGUCCUGUCGGCCCAUCUCUCCUCGUCUGCCCGGGCGGUGGGUAACGCCAUGAAGACCAAUCCGUUUGCUCCAGAGGUGCCCUGUCAUCGUGUGCUGGCGUCUGACCGUACGAUCGGCGGGUACAAGGGCAGCUGGGGUAACGGGGGAUCCUAUGCGGUAGAGAAGACGAAGCUGCUAUGCGGCGAAGGGGUGAGCUUAGAUGGAAAGGGCCGGGCAGGCGGUGAGAUCUUCAGCCAGUUCCUGGAUAUGGGCGAAGUCCUGGCUGAUAAGCCAGUGUUAUGA